AUGGUACAUGCAACCAAUUUGGCCAAUCCGACUGCUGCUGCUGUUUCUGGACAUCCACAUUUACCAUUAGGACCAACAUCUAGACAUCAUCAUCAUCAUCAUCAUAAUCAUACGAAUUCCCAUUCUCAUCAUCUUGGACAUCUGACCAACCACAAUCAUUCACAUCAGCUACAUAAUCUUGGUCAACAUCAUCCAUUGUCACCACCCGUAGAGAUUCCUGGAUUAUUUCAGGGUAAACAACAGCCACCCACAACGGCUGUACCAAUAGUAACAACUGGCCAAUUUUCACUAACCAAUGGUAGUAACGUUGGCGGUGUUUCACAUCGAAAUGGUAGCCGUUCAUUUGUUCAGACUCAUUCUCAACCUCCUCCUUCCUCACAACCGUCAUCAAUGAAUGGUUCAGCAAACCAUCAUCCAACGCCACAACCACCACCACCACCAUCAUCAUCUAAUACGGCAGUAACUAAUCGUACAUCGUCGAUGCCACCGAAUCUGAAUGAUUCAUUAGCGAUCCAAAAUCAAUUGUUAACAAUGUUACCCAAUCAUUUGGCAUCAUUUCUUCCAUUUUUACCUGCAUCUUUUGGUGGUAAUAAUGUUAGUAAUGUUGUUGGCAAUGGACAACCAUCACAUCCAUUAUCGACAAUGAUUGCAAAUCCUAAAACCAAUCCUUUUGCACCAUUAUCAUCACCACCGUUUGCUUCAAGUGCAGCUGAUUUUCUAACACCACCACCACCACCAACAACUACAACAACACCACCAACGGCAACGACUGGACAAUCAAAUAUGAAUAAUUUUAUUCGGCCAAUCAUGCCAUUACCAUCAUCACAACAGAAUCAAAAACAUAAUCAGCAUCAUCAUCAAGCUCAAGAUCUAAGUCAAAAUAAUCAGAAAUCUAAAUCAAUUCAUAGUAAUACCGAAUCAGCAACCGAAGGAAAAAAAGAUACUGAAGAAAAAACUGAAACAAAAUGUCGAGAUAAUGGUCCAAUAGUUGUUACACAUAAAUCUUUUAUUGCCAAUCCAAAUGCAUUUGAACAUGCAAACAAGAUGUUAACAUUAUUGAAUUCAGGACCAUUUGCAACAUUAUCACAGGAUGGUAAAUCACAAACAGUCAAUACAGCUAGUCCAUUUUUUGCUUCAGCAAAUUUUAAUCCACAAACAUUAUUAUCAACAUUACAACAUCAAAGUCCACAUUUAGCUGAUUAUUUUUCAAGAAAAUUAGCACGUGUAAAUAGAAUAUCAUCACGACCGAAAAAAGAAUUCAUUUGUCGUUAUUGUCAACGUCGUUUUACUAAAUCCUAUAAUCUAUUAAUACAUGAACGUACACAUACAGAUGAACGGCCAUAUACAUGCGAUAUCUGUAAUAAAGCAUUUCGUCGCCAGGAUCAUCUUCGUGAUCAUCGUUAUAUACAUUCAAAAGAAAAACCAUUCAAAUGUACAGAAUGUGGAAAAGGAUUCUGUCAAUCACGUACAUUGGCCGUACAUCGUAUUCUACAUAUGGAUGAUUCACCACAUAAAUGUCCAACAUGUGGACGAUCAUUUAAUCAACGAUCUAAUUUAAAGACACAUCUACUUACACAUACCGAUAUUAAACCAUAUAAUUGUACGGAUUGUGGUAAAGAAUUUCGUCGUAAUUGUGAUCUACGUAGACAUAUGUUGACACAUUCAUUUGGUAUAGUAGCAAAUGAGAAUAAUAAUAAUAAUAAUAAUUUGACUACGACAGCUACAAUGACCAAUACAAAUACGACAAUAACGAAUACGAAUACAAAUCGUUUAAGCGUUGGCGAAAAAUCUACAACCACCAACACUACAAUGAUGAAUGGUGAAAUUUUGAUUGGUGCUAAUGAUAUAAACAAUCAUCAUCAUCAUCAUCAUCAACAACAACCAAAUAGUCAAAAUCCGGUACGAGGACGUCCACCAUUACAUAGUUCACGUCAAUAUUAUCAACAGCAACAGAAAAAACUUGAAUCCAAAUCACCUACAACAACAUCAACAUUCAAUUUGAAUGAAAAUGAUCGUGAAAGAAUUUGUGCUAUCAUGAAUGCAGCGGUAAAAGCAGCAUCAUCUGUACAAGAUAGACAACAACGACGACGACAAAAAUCAAAUAUCGAUCGUCAAAAUCAAAGACAAUCAUUAACGACGGAAAAUAAUGGACAACAUGGAAAACUAAAACAACAAAAACAACAACAACAACAACAAAAACAUGAUAAUAUCAACGAUAAUGGUGACCAUUUACUAGCGAUCGACAAAAAUCAACAUCCAUCAAAUACGAAAAUUUUGUGA